AUGGCCGCCUCGCUGCGCGCUUUCCUCCGGCCCGCCGCCGCCGCCGUGUGCCCCUCCCGCCGCGCGCUCCUCCCGCCGCCCCGGCCCCUCCCGGGGGCGCGAGCCUGCAGCGCCGGGUCCCCGUUCCAGUACCUGGUGGUGCAGAAGACGGGCGCGCGGCAGAGCGUGGGGCUGGUCCAGCUGAACCGGCCGCAGGCGCUCAAUGCCCUCUGCGAGGGGCUGAUGGAGGAGCUGCGGCGGGCGCUGGAGGACCUGGAGAAUGACCCCCAGGUGGGGGCCAUCGUCAUCACUGGCAGCCAAAAAGCCUUCGCAGCUGGUGCCGAUAUCAAGGAGAUGCAGAGUAAAACCUUCCAGGAGUGUUACAGCAGCAGCUUCCUUGCCGGCUGGGACAAGGUCUCCACCAUCCGCAAACCCAUCAUCGCUGCCGUCAACGGCUUCGCUCUGGGUGGCGGGUGUGAGCUGGCCAUGAUGUGCGACAUCAUCUACGCUGGUGAGAAAGCACAGUUCGGGCAACCCGAAAUCCUGCUGGGGACCAUCCCAGGUGCUGGAGGGACGCAGAGGUUGACCAGGGCAGUGGGGAAGUCACUGGCCAUGGAGAUGGUCCUCACUGGGGACCGGAUUUCAGCAGCGGAGGCGAAAGAGGCAGGGCUGGUGAGCAAGGUCUUCCCCGUGGAAACGCUAGUGGACGCAGCCAUCGCCUGCGCUGAGAAGAUCGCCAGCAACUCCAAGCUGGUGGCCGCCAUGGCAAAGGAGUCAGUCAAUGCCGCCUUCGAGACGACGCUGGCAGAGGGGACCAGGACAGAGAAGCGGCUUUUUUAUGCCACCUUUGCUACCGGUGACCGCAAGGAGGGGAUGACGGCGUUUGUGGAGAAGCGCAAGGCCAACUUUACCGACAGCUAAGCCCAGGGAGGGGGGAGCAGGUCCCCUCUGCCCCCCUGCCUCACCCCAUGGAGGGGUCUGGCACCCAGCCAGCAGCCAUACUGGCCUGGGGGGAGACCAUGAGUGGCGGGGACCGCAUUUGCCAUUGCUAUUAAAAGGUUUUCCUGGCGCUACUGGGA